UCUUUUUUAUCAUGUCUGCCAUUCUCAAGCAAAGAGUCCGUUACGCUCCAUAUCUCAAGAAGCUUAGAACCGCUGAAGAGUGCAUUCCUUUAUUCCAGCACGGUCAAUAUCUCGGAUGGUCGGGCUUCACUGGAGUGGGAGCCCCUAAGGUCGUUCCUCAAGCUCUUGUGGAUCACGUUGAAAAGAACAGUUUGCAGGGCAAAUUGGCCUUCAACUUGUUCGUGGGUGCCUCUGCCGGUCCAGAAGAAUCGCAAUGGGCUCAAAAUGACAUGAUUUUGAGACGUGCGCCUCACCAAGUCGGUAAACCGAUCGCCGCUGCGAUCAACUCCAACAGAACCCAAUUUUUCGACAAACAUUUGUCCAUGUUCCCUCAAGACCUCACUUACGGUUACUACACCAUGGACAAAUCCAAUGAUCUUUUGGAUUACACCAUCAUCGAGGCAACUGCCAUCACCGAGGAUGGCGCUAUCGUGCCAGGUCCAGCUGUCGGUGCCUCUCCUGAGAUGUUGAGCUGCUCCGACAAGAUCAUCAUCGAGGUCAACACCGCUACUCCAUCCUUCGAGGGAUUGCACGACAUUGACAUGCCAGAACACCCACCUUUCAGAAAACCAUACCCCUACACCUCUGUUGAUCAAAAGAACGGUUUGCAUGCCAUUCCGGUUGAUCCAUCUAGAGUCGUGGCCAUCGUCGAGUCCACCACUCCAGACAGAGUCCCAGACCCAGCACCUUCUGAUGAAAUGUCAAGACGGAUUGCCAGCCAUUUGAUUGAGUUUUUCGAACACGAGGUCAAUGCUGGUAGAAUGCCAGACAACCUGCACCCAUUGCAGUCUGGUAUUGGUAACGUUGCUAAUGCCAUCAUCGGGGGACUGGCAGACUCUUCGUUCAAGAACCUGACUGUUUGGACAGAGGUUUUGCAGGACUCGUUUUUGCCAUUCUUUGAGACAGGAGCCAUGGAGUAUGCUACUGCCACAUCCAUCAGACUGUCGAAGGACGGAUUCAAGAAGUUUUUCGACAACUGGGACCUCUUUUCGAAAAAAUUGUGUCUGAGAUCGCAGGUUGUGUCGAAUUCCCCAGAAUUGAUCAGAAGACUCGGUGUCAUUGCUAUGAACACACCAGUCGAGGUGGACAUCUACGCGCACGCCAACUCGACCAACGUCAAUGGAUCCAGAAUGCUGAAUGGACUGGGAGGAUCGGCUGAUUUCCUGAGAAACGCCAAGCUUUCGAUCAUGCACACUCCAGCAGCCAGACCUACCAAGACAGACCCUACCGGAAUUUCGUGUGUUGUUCCAUUUGCGUCACACAUUGACCAAACCGAGCACGACUUGGACGUGAUUGUGACGGAUUACGGUCUUGCCGACCUCAGAGGAUGCUCGCCAAAGGAGAGGGUCAGCAAGAUCAUCAACAAGUGUGCUCACCCAGAUUACAGAGCACAGUUGCAAGACUACUAUGACAGAGCCCUGUUUUACUGCGAGAAAAAGAAGACGAUGCACGAGCCACACAUUUUGAAGGACGCUUUCAAGAUGCACAUUAAUUUGCAGGAGAAUGGUACCAUGAAGUUGGACAGCUGGGACGUCAAGUUUUAGAGCUGUUUGCGCGAGCUAGGAUUUUAGAAUGAAAUCUUGUAUAACGUAUUCUCCAAUCAUAAAAAAAAGUUGGAUCCGAUAGUAAUCCUUACACCUGCUUUGCACCGAGUUUUCAGUGUUGACGAAAAAACGUUUCCCCAACAACCUCCUUAUGUCUGUGGAAGAACUGAAAGAGUCGGUCGAGAAGCUCGAAAACAGAAUCAGAGCCUUGGAAUCCAAGGCUGGUCUGACCACCAAGUUGCCAGCUGCCCUUAGAAUGGUACUCAUCGGACCACCGGGAGCAGGAAAGGGUACCCAGGCACCAAACCUCAAAGAGAAAUUCUGUGCUUGCCACCUGGCCACAGGUGACAUGCUGCGUUCACAAGUCGCGCAGAAGACUCCCUUGGGAUUGGAGGCCAAGAAAAUCAUGGACCAGGGUAAGCUUGUGUCCGACGAGAUCAUGGUCAACAUGAUCAAGGACGAGCUGGCCAACAACCAGGAGUGCAAGAACGGCUUCAUUCUUGAUGGCUUCCCUAGAACCAUUCCUCAGGCUGAGAAGCUCGAUCAGAUGCUGGCCGAGAACAAAACUCCUUUGCAAAAGGCCAUUGAGCUCAAGAUUGACGACGAGCUGCUUGUUGCCAGAAUCACUGGUAGACUUGUCCACCCAGCUUCGGGAAGAUCUUACCACAAGAUCUUUAACCCUCCUAAGGAGGCCAUGAAGGAUGAUGUCACUGGGGAGCCUUUGAUCCAGAGAUCCGACGACAACGUCGAGGCCCUGAAAAAGAGACUGGUCACCUACCACGAGCAAACCGAGCCAAUUGUCGAGUACUACAAGAAAGCUGGUAUCUGGUCCGGGAUCGACGCCUCACAGCCUCCGAAAACCGUAUGGGCUGACAUCCUGAAAUGUCUGGGUCAGUAAAGUUGCCCGUAAUUUGGCAGAGUGUAAAAACAAGUUGUCUAUAUAAAAAUACAACCUCUAUUUUGCCAU